GACGGCGGCAGGUGGCGGCGCGGGCCGCGGCCGGCCAGUGGCGGCACGUCGGUACCGUCGUCGGGAGCGCUGGCCGGCCGUCGACCCCGCGUCACUCGGUUAGUGGGUCAGCGCACAACGCGCCGCACCGCGCCGCCGCCGCCGCCGUGCGGACACGCUCAAAGAGGAGCUGGCCUGUUCGAUGCUGGAGCGGAGCGCUGACCCGGCCGACGGGGACAGUCAUGGGCCGCUGCUGCCGGCCGCCUGCUUCCUCGGAGAAUGUCAGCACCGCCUCAGCUCGCUCCAACGCCAGCUGGACGCGCCGCCGCUCAAUAGAAAAGCUGCGGAAGCCUCCCUGGAAUCUCCCCUCUCCCUGCUCCUCGGAUACAGCACUGUUCUUCACAAGCCCGCCACCUGCGCUCAUAUCGAGGACUCUGUGACAUCGCUCCACCGCGCCUGUGCCACGGCCGACCCGCGACCCAGCGUCAGAGACCUCUGUCGGCGACAUCCGCAACUAGUGAACGUCCAAAACGGCUCCGGGCAGACACCGCUUCACGUACUGUUUCUUUACCAGAGCCGCGGCCCGAGCUGGCCGGUUCUGGACGAGUGCGUCACCUCUCUGCUGGAGGCCGGCGCGCGACUGGACGCUGCAGAUCAGGAGGGCGACACGCCGCUCCUCUACCUGCGCUCGUUCGUCACACAGGGCCACCACGAGCUGGCGGCGCGGCUCGCCGAGCGGCUGGCCGCCGCCGGCGCCGAUGUGAACGCCGUCAACGGUCGCGACUCGACGCUGCUGAUGUACGCCGCGCAGCAGCUGGACGCGGCGGCGUCCCUCACCCGGGCGCUGCUGAACGCCGGCGCCGAGGUGCGCGUGCGGCGCGCGUCCGCGUUCUGUGCGCUGCUGCGCGGUGUCGUCCAGCGGCGCCGGCUCGAGGACUGCGAUACCACCCUGGCGCUGCUCUGUCGUCAGAUGGCGCGGCGGCCGGCCGAAAUGCAGCGGCACGUUCUUGGAGCUAUGGUCAGCCAGGGCCAGCACAUUCGUCUGCUGGGGCCUGUGUUUCUGGAGCUCAAAUCGCGCAUCCGCCGGUACUGGAGCCAGCCGGCUGAGCUGCGCCACCUCUGCUGCGAGGAGGUGCGCCGUAACCUGCAGCAGGGCGGCGGGAUAGCCGCCGGAGUACACCGGCUGGCUGUGCCGCCGGCGCUGCAGCGCUGUAUCACGCUCGAGGACAUCUCGUGAGGCCGUGUCCACCGCCGGUGGACGGUGUGGACAGUGGAAGGUGGACGGACAGUGGUUGUGCCGCCCUGGGGCUGUGGACAACGCGACAUGACGCGACGCAAUGUGUAUUUUUGUAAGGCAUGGCUGUUCUCCGCGCGCGACCCGUCGUGAAGACUAGUCAGUAGUCACUUCUCCCGGGAGCUCCGGGACCACCGCCGAGCAGGCGACGUCGCUCGAUGACGUCACACUCGAUGACGUCACACCCACCCGCACCAUAUCUUCCCGAGGGCUUCCGCGCGGCGGCGGCAGCGCUGUUCCGCCGCGGUGAGCUGUGCGGCCCGACCGCGAGUUACCAGAGCUGGAGCGUUUGGGCAUCGCAGCAAUGAACUACCAAAGUACAACGCGACGUGUUCCGUGUGAGAGCUAAGUGAGAGCGAGUGAGAAAUGUGAGCGAGUGAGCGUCGGCCGCGAUUGGCCUUCAGUACCUGGAGAUAAGACUGCGGCGGGCGUACGCAGUCGAUCACGGGCAUCCGACGGGCUGAAUGGGGGGGGGGGGGUUAGGGGGCAGGGUCGGGUCGGGUCGGGAGGUCACAGGGUCAACUGAGGGCAGCCGGUGUCCGGGAGCGCGCACUGUCAGCGUUCGCUGACUAUGAUCAUUGUGUUCGCUUGGUAAAGCACUGCCCAUCGAUGCGCGCGCUCCUUCUGUUUUGUAUGUGCAAAUGUGCAGCGUCGAAUACACUUAUUUAUUUAGAAA